UCCAACGUGUUCUGGGUGCGCACACGUGAGACAGCUGCUCGGCGGAGAAGUGCGCUUACUGCGAAAUCGUAAACUUGUGUAAGUUAGUCACGUGAUAAUUUGCGUAAGGUUAAAUGUUUGGAGGUGCGCUGGUGCAACGUGAAACGUAGAAAGCGCAAGACUUCGAAAUCAAACUACGAGCAUUCGCUAUGCAGGCAGCUAAAGUUGCAGAUACUCCUGUGGAGUUCAUUGUUGAAUACCUGCUGAAGGCUAAAGAGAUUGCAGACAAUAAUGCCAAUGUUCCUGCUGAGCUGCGAGAUAAUCUGCAGAAGGCCCUGGACAUCGCCAGCGGUCUGGAUGUAUACCUGGAAAACAUGAGCAGCCAGGAGAGUGAACCGCUAGCCGAGUUGUACAGGAAAUCAAUGUCUCAUGACUGGGAUAAGGCGUAUGAGGAUGGAAAAACCAUGUUCAGGCUUCCUAUUACAUGCAUCACUGGACGAGUAGAAGGUCAGGUAUUGAAGAUGCUGGUUCACAUGAGCAAGGCAAAGAGGGUCUUGGAGAUAGGAAUGUUCACUGGAUAUGGGGCAUUGUCAAUGGCUGAAGCUUUACCACAGAACGGCCAACUCAUUGCCUGUGAGCUUGAGCCGUUUCUCAAAGACUUUUCUCAGCCUAUAUUUGACACGUCUCCACAUGGUAAAAAGAUAACGGUGAAGACUGGGCCUGCUAUGGAGACCCUGAUGGAAUUGGCUGCGACAGGAGAGCAGUUUGACUUGGUUUUCAUUGAUGCAGACAAACAAAACUACAUUAACUAUUAUAAGUUCCUGAUGGACCAUAACCUCCUGCGCAUGGAUGGAGUUAUAUGUGUGGACAACACGCUGUUUAAAGGAAGAGUUUAUCUCAAGGAUUCAGCAGAUGAGAUGGGGAUAGCUUUGAGAGAUUUCAGUCAGUUUGUCACAAAUGAUCCUCGUGUAGAGCAGGUUAUUAUUCCUUUGAGAGAUGGUCUCACAGUUAUACGAAGAGUCCCAUUUACAUCUCAAGCAAACACACAGAACAAUGUGACCUAUGAUGAGGUCUUCCAAGGAGUUCAAGGAAAGGCGGUGCUGGACAGGAUGCGUUUAGAUGGAAAAGUGGCCUAUGUGACCGGGGCCGGUCAGGGCAUCGGAAGGGCCUUCGCACACGCUCUCGGGGAGGCUGGAGCAAAAGUGGCCAUUAUAGACAUGGAUAAAGGAAAAGCAGAGAAUGUGGCUUGUGAACUGACAUUAAAAGGCAUUCCCAACAUGGCCGUUUCCGCGGACAUUAGCAAACCAGAGGACGUUCAGAAGAUGAUUGACGACGUUGUUUCAAAAUGGGGCACAAUUCACAUCGCUUGCAACAAUGCUGGCAUUAACAAGAACUCGGCCAGCGAGCACACCAGUCUGGAGGAAUGGGAUCAAACCUUUAAUGUUAACCUCAGAGGGACUUUCAUGUGUUGCCAGGCGGCCGGUCGUGUCAUGCUGAAGCAGGGAUACGGCAAGAUAAUCAACACAGCUUCCAUGGCCAGUUUAAUAGUGCCACAUCCACAGAAACAGCUGUCCUACAACACAUCCAAGGCCGGGGUGGUCAAGCUUACACAAACCUUGGGAACGGAGUGGAUCGACCGAGGUGUUCGAGUCAACUGCAUCUCCCCCGGUAUUGUUGACACCCCUCUCAUUCAUUCAGAGAGUCUGGAGCCUUUGGUUCAGCGCUGGCUGUCAGAUAUCCCAGCCGGACGACUGGCUCAAGUGACAGACCUCCAAGCUGCAGUAGUUUACCUGGCAUCUGAUGCCUCUGACUACAUGACGGGGCAUAACUUAGUCAUAGAGGGUGGUCAGAGUCUGUGGUAGAGAAAGUUUGCAUCGUCUUCUACUUUACUUUAGUGGACUGAAUAACUAAUUUUGUAAAAUGCUGUAUGUUGUGCAUUGGGUAGACACUAGUCGAAUUACAUGUGUACUGUGGAUCUUGCAUAAAAGGGCCAGUGUUGGAACUUACUGUAUCAGUUGUACAGUAAGCAAGUUUAAUUGUGCAUAAUAUUUUUAUCGUUUUAUAUUUGAAUUGAACACUUUGCAAUAAACAGUACAACAGU